AUGCAUUUUAGCACGCUAGUUCAAUUCGGCCUUUUGGCCCUUUCUGCGUUUCCGCCUUCUUUGGCCGCGGCGAGCUGGGGAUUUGGUGACGCCACGCUGUCAAUUCAACAGAAAGGUGCUGGCGUGGGCGGAGGGCUGAAAGAGAAAUUCUCGGACAAGAAGCCACUGUCGAAGCCGGUUACGUUGGGAAAAGCUGACACGUUGAAGCUCUUCCUCACAGCCCAAGAAGGCCGCACCGCGAAGAAACCCCAUCAGGCUUUCCUUCUCCUAAAAGACACCGCAUCGAAUCUGGAUAUUUCCUACCCGCUAACGAUCAAAGAUAGUGGAAAAGCAAGGCUGGAACUCACGCACAAAGACCUCCCUGUCCAGCUGCUGAAAUCGGAGAACCCGCUUGAUGCAAAUUUGGUAAUUGCUUCUUUUGGUUCUGCUCCGGGAUACAACAGUCCGGUAUUUCGUCUUUUGAUCAAGCGAGACCCGAAAGAUGCACUCCCGACUCCAAAUACUCUCAGAUAUGGGAAGCUUGAUGAGAUCCAUCAUAUCUUCAAGACGGACCCCAAGAGCCCGCCUAUAGUUAUUUCUGUUGCAUUUAUUAUCGCCGUCCUCGCAUCAUUGCCCGUGCUGGCAGGUUUGUGGAUGUACCUGGGUGUGAACCUCAAUCAAUUGCCAAUGGCUCUAAAAUCCUCGCCUAUUUCCCAUCCCAUAUUCGUGGCGUCGAUAUUUGGAUUAGAGGCCGUGUUCUUUAUGUAUUAUACCUGCUGGAACCUUUUCCAGACUCUCCCCGUCUUCCUGGCUGUGGGUGGAGUGGCUGUUCUCAGCGGCAGUCGUGCUCUCAGCGAGGUUCAGGAAAGGCGGUUAGCCGGCCUACGAUAA